AUGACCACAAGAGGCAUGGAAAAUCUAGAUCUGAUCCAGAUGAUAAGAGAACUACAAACGCAGCUAGAGGAACAAGCUCGAACUAUUGCAACUUUACAGCAAGAGUUACAACAGAAGAAGACCGACGAUGCCGAACGCAGUAAAGAAAAACAACACGACCGGGAGACAUCAGAAGACAGUCAAAAUCAUAAUUCGCCUCCUCCCCCCCGGUCCCCGGACUUCUUGCCGUUCACUGAUGCCAUCAUGCGGGCCCCUAUGCCCGACCGACCUCCGCCUCAAGUUGAAAUGUUUGAUGGCACGACGAAUCCAGAUCAUCAUUUGCGAAACUUCAUUGAUUCUAUGGCCUUUUACACUCAAAGUGACCCGGUAAAAUGCCGGGCGUUCUCCGUGUCACUGAGGGGUGAAGCCCUAGAGUGGUAUUACACCCUUCCACCCAAUUCGGUGGACAGUUUCCGCACGCUGAUGGGCAUGUUCAAAAAACAAUACUCCACCAACCGGUACGAGGAGGUUACUACGGCCGAGCUAGUCAAUCUCAGACAGGGGAAAGACGAAACUCUCAGAGCCUUCAUGCAUCGAUACAAUCACGCCGCUCGGAGGAUAAAAGGCGCCAGUCCCGAAUUCAUUAUUAGCAGUCUACCCAAUUGCCUAAAAACAGGAUUCGUCUCUGAAAGCUUAUACGCCGAGUUGCCCAGUACGUUGGAGGAGUUGCAGCAAAAAAUGGCCAAAUUUAUCAAAAUGGAGGAUCAGAGGAUCUUUCGGAAACAACAACACGAGGAGCAUCCAGUAAGUGGUAACAAGAAGGAGGGGAAGCGUCGGGUUGAGAAUGCCCGGGAUCAGAAACCACCGGCGAUUCUAAACCCUAGAUACGACCGCUAUGCGCACCUUACUGUCCCUAGAGAAAAGGUGUUGGAGAGGGCUCUACAGUCCAACCUGAUCUUUCAAAGAAGAAAAUUUCCACCUAAAAACGUGGACACGGCGCAGAUAUGCCGAUUCCAUAAUUCAGGGGGGCAUACUACUGAAGGCUGCCAAACUCUCAAAGACGAAUUGGAGAAGUUAAUUCGUGCUGGACACCUCCGGGAAUUCGUGAAGGAGGAUUCUGGCCGCACAGGACACUCUCCCAGAAAGACACGAAGAAGCCCAAAACAUGCAAAGCAGAAGGGUAACCACUCACGCGACCGUUCUCGUAGUCCCCCGAGGCACAGAUCCCGUAGUCGACCUAGAGAGCGGGAUCUCACGGUCAAAGGCAGGAUUGAUACUAUUUCGGGCGGUUUUGCUGGAGGAGGUGCUUCAUCCUCAGCCCGAAAGAGACAUUUGAGAAGUCUGCACAGCGUACACUCGGUGGUACGCAAUCCAGUGUCAAUGCCUGAUAUAACCUUCACAAACAGGGAUUUUCAUGCACCAGAUCCUGAUCAAGACGAUCNCAUGGNCAUCACAGCCCGCAUUGCACAGUAUNAUGUGGGCAAGGUNCUUGUUGAUCAAGGCAGUUCANUCANUAUACUAUACUGGACAACCUUCCGAAGAAUGGAAAUCGCAGAAGAUGUGAUUGCUCCGUUUAACGAGCAAAUUGUUGGUUUUGCUGGAGAAAGAGUAGACACCCGGGGGUAUCUCGACUUGCGAACCCGCCUAGGGUCCGAUGAUGAUGGUAAAGAGCUCCGAGUUCGUUUCUUGCUGGUGGAGGAGAACACGUCCUAUAAUGCCCUUCUAGGACGUCCUUGCCUAAAUGCUUUUGGGGCGAUCGUCUCUACCCCACAUUUGGCAAUGAAAUUUCCUACCGACAGAGGAAAUAUAUGCACCGUUUGGGCAGAUCAGAAAACCGCCCGUCAAUGCUACGUAGUCGGUCUAAAGGUGACGCCUUACAGAAGAGAGAACCGUACUGAAGCUAUUCUUAUUUAUCUUGAUCCCAGGACCAAUACGGACGAGCGGAUACAACCUCAAGGCGAGAUAAAACCUUUCAUAGUGGGCAAAAAUGAACAACAAACUACGUCCAUCGGGGACAACCUUCAGCCGUUAGAAGAAAAUGCAUUGAAGGAGUUAUUAAAAGGCAACAACGACUUGUUCGCUUAG